GCUCCUCACACACGAGACAUUGCAUCCGCAGCUCUUUCUGCCUGAAAAAUUCUUAAAAGUGCAAUAACAUUGGCAAUACCUUGUUAACUAUGCGAGCUUUAAAUAUAGCAGAUGUCUGGGGUGGAUUAAACCGUUCCGACUGAGUAUUAAAGCGCACCAGUCAUCGUUUAAAAGUUUACGCGGCGCCGGUAUAUUGGUUUGUUUAUUUCCUCGGUGUGGGCAGACAGGAGAAAAUGUUUGCAGGGGAACAGCGUAAUGUUUUGUAAAGCAUGCGUACUUGUGACGACUGUAUGAAUGGCUCGAGUCUGCUUUAAACUUAAGCGCGCGUAUUUGGCUGAAAUCCCUGGGCGAACAACUGCCUCUCAUACAAAACUUAAACAUCUGAGGAAAACAUCUGUCGAUAGCUGAAUACUGAGAAAAGAAGAGCACAGAGAAAAUCCUCGUAUAGCGUUUACCUGACGCGCGCAGACCUUCUAAGGAUCGAGGUGUGACUGGACUAGAAAUCAGCGUGAACCUUCACCUUGGACAGAGAGAGAGAGAGGGAGAGGGUGCUGGGGUCCGAGAUGACAUCAAAUUGGAUCUUAUGUUUCUGUCUCCUGUUGCUGUAUGUGGCAAGGUCACUUACCGGUGAUGCUGAGGAGAGGCUUGUAGAUUUUCUGCUGGGUUCUGAACGCUACAAUAAACUUAUCCGGCCUGCGGUCAAUAAGAGUCAGCAGGUCACUAUUGGCAUCAAAGUCUCUCUCGCACAGCUCAUAAGUGUGAAUGAGAGGGAGCAAAUUAUGACAACAAAUGUGUGGCUGACUCAGGAGUGGAAUGACUACAGACUGAUGUGGGACCCAAAUGAGUAUGAGGGCAUCAAAAAACUACGAAUACCAUCAAAGCACAUCUGGCUUCCGGAUAUAGUGCUUUACAACAAUGCAGACGGUGUGUAUGAAGUCUCAUUUUACUGCAACGCAGUCGUCUCCAACACUGGUGACAUAUUUUGGCUCCCCCCUGCUAUCUACAAGAGCGCAUGUGCUAUUGAAGUUCGCAACUUCCCUUUCGAUCAACAGAACUGCACACUGAAAUUCCGUUCUUGGACGUAUGAUCGCACUGAACUCGAUCUUGUCUUGACUUCUGAUUUCGCUAGCCGCGACGACUACACUCCCAGCGGCGAAUGGGAUAUUGUCUCACUUCCUGGUCGAAAAAACGAAGAUCCCAAUGACAUCAAGUACCUGGACGUCACAUACGAUUUCGUGAUCAAGCGCAAACCCCUUUUUUACACAAUUAACCUUAUUAUCCCUUGUGUUCUUAUUACCUCUCUAGCAAUUUUGGUUUUUUACCUCCCCUCAGACUGUGGUGAAAAAAUGACACUUUGCAUUUCGGUUCUUCUGGCUCUCACUGUGUUUCUGCUCCUGAUCUCCAAGAUCGUUCCUCCGACAUCUCUGGCGGUUCCAUUAAUAGGAAAGUAUCUGAUGUUUACGAUGGUUCUGGUCACGUUUUCCAUUGUGACAAGUGUGUGCGUGCUCAACGUUCACCAUCGUUCUCCGUCGACACAUCGUAUGCCUGAGUGGGUCAGGUUUGUAUUCUUGCAUAAACUUCCAACUUUUCUUCUCAUGCGACGACCAGGAAGCUCCAACGUGCGGGAAAGGUUUCGACAGAAGCACCAGCAGAAAUCAUUCUCCUCAGAUGGGAAGAACGUAAAGAUGGAUGGAGGAUCAUUCUUCUUGAGUGAUGAUCCCAUGCGUGUGUGUGGGGCAUGGAGGGUCGGUGAUCUUCCUGAGGGGUCAGAGUUCAGACAGAGAGUGAGGGUCAGACAUGACCAAGAUGUGGAUGAGGCUAUAGAGGGCGUGAGGUUCAUUGCUGAACAUAUGAAGAUUGAGGAUGAUGAUGAAGGGAUCAUCGAGGAUUGGAAAUAUGUGGCCAUGGUGAUUGACCGGCUCUUCCUGUGGAUUUUUAUUCUGGUCUGUGUCACUGGAACUCUUGGACUCUUUGUGCAGCCACUUUUUCAGAGCUACAACACAUCCACGGCCGAGGAUGACUGCCCAUAGCGAUGAUGUCGGGGGGAAGAUUUAACAUGGCAACUUCAUCGCAUCAGCAGAGACCGUCGCUGCCGUUGUCUGCAAUGCUGCUGAUCAGCAGAAAUGCCCCUCCAUUGCUUAUAGCACACUGAGAUAUUGACAUCUUUCAUAUUUACCGUUCACAUACACACUGCUGCAGUGUACAUUUGUGAGAAAGGGGGAAUGUGUUUGUUCUUAUUAGUGCACAUCCUGGAUUAAAUAUUUAACAUGAAUGUUAUAUCUUUUAUAAUAUAAUUUUUUAAAUAAUCAUUCAUUUGUAUUCACUUUUUCUUGUAUAUGGAAAAUCUAGAUGGUAAAAACAUGGGAUAAACUUUCUGUGUGUGUAAAAGGGAGAAAAUUUGGGCUUUGAUUCAGGUUUGGUACUUGUGGAAAAAGUGUGUUUUGUCUUUAUCCUUUUGUUUAAUUUCAGUUUCACAAUUCUUAACUACUUGAACACUUUGUUUGCAAAUUAUUAUUUCAUUAUUCACAUUUAGCACAAAAACAUGAAUUAUACCAUAAGUAGCAGGUUUUCAUAUUUCCUCUGCAGCACAAAACAAUGAA